AUGAAUGAGGAAUUAGAGGAACGAGAACCACCAGCUACCGUGGUAUACAAUUCUAUGGCAAAUGAAAAGAAUAAGAAUGAUGCUCUGAUUCAAGAAAACAAGGUCAAAGGAAACAUGUUCUAUAAGCUAGGACGACUGGAAGAAGCAAGUGAAUGUUUCCUCAGAGUCUUGGAUAUGGACGACGAUCAAGUGGACUGCAGGCGAAGACUUGGAUUAUGUCUCUUGUUGCUUGGCAGACACAGCCAAGCUGUGACGCAGCUUGAGAAAUUAGAUGAUCAAGAAGAUUUGGUGGCAGCCGCCAGAACCUUGCAAAGAAUGCAACGUCAUGGCUGCCCAUACUACAUCCUAGGUAUUGCAGAGGAUGCUAAUUUGAAAGAAAUAAAGUGGGCCUACAGGAAGCGGACACUUAAGUUUAACCCUGAUAACUGCCAAGGGUCUAAAGACGAGCGACAACGCAGAAUGGAUAUCAUGCAGAAGGUCAACUAUGCUAAUGAUCUCCUAUGUGAUGCUGAUGAAAGAAGAAAAUACAACGCAGUCAGGGAGUUCAUCAAGGACCUGGCAGAUAGCGUGUUUGCAGAUCCUCAGAAGACUAUGAAAGCAAAGAGGAAGAAAUCUGGAAGGACAACAAAGAGGAAGAAAACUAAAGGAAACUAG